CCGAAGCUCAGUGAGAACAGCAAUGGAGGAAUCUCUGCAAAUUCAGAGGUUGGAGGAAGCUCCUUCGGCCAGAGACUUCGAGUCUCGGAUCGAAUCCACGAAUGUUCCCGCUGUUUUCAAUGGCUGCGUUAAGGAUUGGAAAGCUUUCUCCAAAUGGAAUCCAUCGAAUGGCGGCCUCGACUAUUUGCAGGAACGAGUCGGAUUGUGUGUUGUGGAGGCUAUGCUAUCUAGUUCUGCACCUGUAUUCUACGGUGAUCUUAGAAGCCAUGAGAGGGUACCGCUGCCAUUUUCUGCCUUCAUUGGUCUAUGUAAGCAACGCAUGCGUCAUUCGGAGGAUGGUUCUGGUGCUUGUUUUGAAUCAGAACAGCGUGGACUACUGGAGCCUGUAUCUGAGUAUGACCGUGAGCCCUAUGAGGAUGCUCCUCAACAAAUAUAUUUAGCACAGGUACCAAUAAUGAAUACUGAAAAUGAAGAGAGGGUUCAAUUAGAAUCUUUGAGGGAGGAUAUCCAAACGCCUGUAUUUUUGGAGGAUAAAGUACUAGCUUCUACAAACCUGUGGAUGAACAAUGCUCAAGCUAGAUCAAGCACUCACUAUGAUCCACACCAUAACCUUCUCUGCAUAGUUUCUGGCUGCAAACAAGUGGUUUUAUGGCCUCCUUCAGCAAGUGCUAUGUUAUACCCUAUGCCAAUAUAUGGGGAGGCAUCAAAUCAUAGUUCCAUUCCUUUAGAGAACCCAGACUUUUCGAAUUAUCCAAGAGCACAAUGUUUAAUGGAGUACUCGCAGAAGGUUAUUCUUCACGCAGGUGACGCACUUUUCAUUCCUGAAGGCUGGUUCCACCAGGUAGACAGUGAUGAUCUGACCAUUGCUGUCAACUUUUGGUGGCGGUCCAACAUAGUGUCAAACAUGUCAGAACACAUGGAUGCAUAUUAUCUGCGUAUAAUAUUAAGAAGAUUGACAGAUAAAGAAAUGAACCGAGUGCUGCCUAAAUCUUCUUUAGCUGAAAUGGAGAACAAGAAAAAGCAUACGUGUGUGGUGCUCAAUAAUGGAGGAGUAGAUCAGAAUGACAAUGAUUUGGAUCAGGCAUGUGAGAGAAAGGAUCUUAAAGGGAAGGAACUAGAGCAAAGAACCAUGUCGCAUGAACUGGAACCCCUCGCUAUCCAUGCUCUUCAUGAACUUGUUUCUUUAGUUCACCAUCGUGUUAAUGCCGCUGAGCUAAGACAACCAGUGCAAUCCACUUCAACAACUGAUUCUGCAGCUAGUGUGAAAGAUGAAUUCACCAAAGUUGUGAGAGCAAAUUCAUUUAGUUUGGAAGAUGACCCAGUUGCUAAAAUUAUUUGGGCUCUUCAACCGUGCACUUUUAGAAAUGUAUUUCUGGCCAUGGUGAAAAAUUUCCCAAGAACUCUGGAGGCUUUAAUACUGCACUUGCUUUCACCAGUGGGAGCAGAAGUGCUUACAUGUAAAUUUGAAGAAAUGGAUCAACAGAUCACUGAGGAAGAUCGGAACAGAUUCUACCAAGUUUUCUAUGGGGCAUUUGACGACCAAUUCGCUGCGAUGGAUGCAAUUCUAAACGGGAAAGAAUUAUUUGCACUCCAGGCAUACAAGAAUGUGUUAGAUAAGUAUUUGGGAGUGGAUUGGGGUGGGCCAAAACCCGGGGUCUGACAAAACUUCUUAAAGAAAUUGGUCCCAUAGUAUCUUGACGGAGCAAAUCGAUGCAUAUUCAUUACAGAAACUUUUUCCCCCCCUUGAAUUCUCAAGAGUACUUUACAAGUGUUCAUCCACAGGCUCCUAGAAUUCAAGUCAUCACUAGCUUUAAGCAUAUGGUUGUAUCAUUGGUUGUACAUUCUAUGUGAUUACAUAUGCUCUGCAACUUUUAGGUUCCUGAUGCGCUCUGCGGAUUACAGUUUUUGAGUUAUAUGUUGCGUUACUUCACAGACAGAGUAGCUAAAAAUUGUCGCUGAAAAGAAAUAGGGGACCUUUUCCUUCUUAAUUUGAUAUGAAAACAUUGUAUUUUAUGUGUCGAUGGAAUUGAUGGGAUAGGGUCAAUUAAAGUA